UUAAGUAUAUAAGUCUUUGCUAAUGGAUCAAGGCAAAGAAGGAACAUAUAUUUAUAAUGAAACAGAAUCUGCAGUAUUAAGCGAAAACUCUGAUAAAAUAUCUGAUAAAGAACUUGUAAAUGCAUCAUCAAUUUCAUUUGAAGACAAUGAUUGUGGAGAACCUAUGUCUAAGCAACGCUUAGUAUUAGACUUUACGCCAGUUGAUCAUAUCGAUAAUGAUGAUAUUCAAAAAAAAUGCUGCGCGUUCUGGGAUUUUGUAAAUAGCCAUCCGGAAUUAGAUGAUCUUAUUGUUAAUCCUAAAGCAGAUACUUAUAAUAGUAGUAAGAAGUCAAAUGAGAUGAUAUCUUCAUCGAAACAUCCGUCAACUGUUGCUGUUGAUUUAAAAGAGGAAACAGCUGUAUCUGUUCUUGAGUUUGUAGAAGAAAAGGAUCUCAUCAGUCGUGCAUUUAAAUCAAAAAUGGCGUCUUCAUUUUGCGAUGAGGAAUUAAAGGAUUACUCCGACGAAUGCCUCCCUAAGGCGAGAAAAGGUCAAAAUGUCAAGGUGAAAAGAAAUAAAAAAUAUAAAAAUGGAAAGGAAGACUCGCCUCAAACAUCUGCUGCACGCAAAAUGUGCGAAAUGCUCCAUAAAUGGGACUUAGAACAUCCAAAAUCUAUGUGCCCACCGGGGCCUGUACCAGCACCAGGUUUUAAAGAGGCUAUGUAACAAAUCCAUACAAAAAAUUGUUGUUGUUGUUUCAUCAUUCGAAAUUCAUUAUAAUAACAAUAAAAUAAAAAUAUAAAUUACUAAUGUUUAUUGUAAACCUCUGUCAUUAUAUAUUUUUAAACCAUAUAUUAUAUUAUAAAAUUAGUAAGUCUUGUA